UUACAAUGGCUUUGUUUUGCAAUCAUGACCUCGUGCGUUGUCCUUCAGCUGUGAAUAACUGAAGUUUGAACGAGAGAUUUUCCUCAUUAAGCGUAGUGAGCGUAUCCUCUGUGGAGCAUUUUAACCAGACGUGCGCAGACGUUUUGUUGUCAACUUGGACCUGGACAUAUUCGUGUGCUGUCAUCAGGAGGCUGGUUGCAAGCAGCAAUGAUGUGUGAGCAUGGUGUGGGUCCCUGCAGCUCUGCCUUCCUCACUGUUGUGCUUCUCGUUCUCUUCGUCGUCAUGGCAACAGGUCAGAUUAUGACGAACGAUAAAGAAUGCUUAGCCGAAGGUGGAAUCUGUACUCUGAGGACUUCAUGUCCUAAAGAUAGUACUGUAAAUAAAACAGCUCUCUGCCAGCGAGACGACGUUGAUGCAGUCUGCUGCAAUUCAGUUCCCAGAGAAGUGCAUUCUUGUCACCAACAUGGAGGCCGCUGUGGUCAAGACGAAGAAUGUCGCAACGUCCAGAGUUUCGGCCAACUGGACUGCAACGAGGGCAGCCGAUGUUGCCUUCUUAUUUAUUGAUCACUGCUAAUCUUUGUCCAUUUAUACAAACAUAAAGUAACAAUUGAUUUAUGCUAUUAAUUAUAGCUGCUCGAUUUAGUGAAAUCUUUAUUUUAUGUAAGAAUUAUAUUGAUAUGUUUAUUUCAAUAUAAUUAAAAAUAUAUGUUAAACCACAAC